AAUCAGCGAGAGCGCCGGGAAGUUACUUCCGGUUCCCCUGACAUUCCCGCCUCUUCGAAUCCGGUGAGGGGAAAAGAAAGAAAGAAAGGAGAGGAGUAAGAGAGGACGGAGGAAUUCAAGCCCCUAAGCCGCCGCAGGAGGAGUUUGGCGGCAGAGAGAGAGAGAGAGCGUGAGCGUGUCGCGAGAACCAAGCCUUUGAGGUAGUUCCUUUCCUUUUUGGUUCGCGGCCUACUCUUCCGGGGUGUCUUUCCAGGGGCAGAGGUUAAAGGGGCUAAGUUUGCCAUCCAUUUAAUAUAAAGUACUUGAAGUUUUCUUCCUCUGAAUCAGUUAUGUGAAUGGUGUAGAAAUGGCUUUCAUAUUUACAGAUGAAACUGCUGAUAGUAUGAAGAUGGAUGCUGGAGACUCUGUGUUAUCUAAUCACACAUCUGUGUUCAAGACUCUUCCUCUACAGCAGGAUGCUCUCUCGGGAGAUCAGCUUCCUGUGUCUGACAACAAGUUUUUAGCAAACAAGUUUGAUGGUUUGGAGAGACCUUUCACUUGUCCUACUGUAAAUUCCUCCUGUAACUUCAGUUAUUUGCCAGAACCUCCAUCCUCUGGGACCUAUCAAACCUCUGGUGGGCUAAGAACACUUGGAGCAAGCGCCAAUGGACAGUGGAGAAGUUGUGGUACUACACUUGGUCCUAUUUCGCAGAAACUUAGACCAAAUCGCAGCGUAUUCUUUGAGACACGCAAAAACCUGAGUGGGACAUCUAAUUCCUAUGCGGGGAAAUCAAACCACCUUAGCCAUGUUUCUGCCUAUGAAAAAUCCUUUCCAGUUAAGUCAGUUACCAGUACAUCAUGGAAUGCUCCAUGCCGUCGAAGCUUGCUAAGCCCCAAGAAAUCCCAGAGGAGAUUCGUCAGUACUGCAGAAGAGACUGUUCGAGAGGAAGAGAAAGAAAUCUACCGGCAGUUGAUCCAAAUGGUUACAGGGAAGAAAAAUUCAGCCUCCAAGACUGCUUCACUUUUCUCCCUCCACUUGGCCAGAUGCACAGGUUCCAAUGGGAACCUUAUAAAAGAAGCUGAAAAUACGAAUCGAAGCCCUUUAGAAGUCUGUGGCACCCCUGCAAGCAACCAGUCACCUGCCAAUCUCAGGAUUCAGGAGCAGCAUCCUCACAAACCACAACCACACUUGACCCCUAGUUUCUCCUCACAUGUUAGCUUUGAACCCAAGGAUGCCAGUACACCGAGACAGCAAAACAGCCAAAUAGCAUUGAACACGCAGGCCGAAGGUUCUGACUCUGUCAUAAUGCUCAAUGGCAAAGACAUACAAUCCUCAGCUCCAAGCACACCUUUCUUUGAGGCUGAAUUGUGGAUAAAAGAAUUGACCAGUGUAUACGACUCUCGAGCCCGUGAGAGAUUGCGACAUAUAGAGGAACAAAAAGCUUUAGCAUUGCAGUUGCAGAACCAGAGAUUGCAGAAGCAGGGGUUUUUCCUACCUGACUCAGUAGACCUACAUCUGCGUGUGCCUCUCGAGAAGGAGAUUCCGGUUACAGUCGUACCGGAAGAUAAUAGGACCACAGGUGUUGAAGAAAACUUUCCUGAAAUCACAGAGGAGAUGGAUAGGGAAAUAAAGAGUGUCUUAAGAAGUGGCAACCAAGACGAGGUGUUGAGUGAAGCCUUCCGGUUAACUAUAACUAGGAAAGACAUUCAGACCCUCAACAAUCUCAAUUGGCUAAAUGAUGAGAUAAUCAACUUCUACAUGAAUAUGCUGAUGGAAAGAAGUAAACAGAAGGGGUUUCCAACUGUUCAUGCAUUUAAUACUUUCUUCUUCACGAAGUUAAAAACUGCUGGGUACACAGCCGUGAAGCGUUGGACUAAGAAAGUGGAUAUAUUUUCUGUGGACAUUCUUUUGGUGCCUAUUCAUCUUGGUGUCCACUGGUGCCUAGCAGUUAUUGACUUCAGGAAAAAAAACAUCACCUACUUUGACUCAAUGGGUGGAAGCAACAGUGAAGCUUGCCGGAUACUGUUGCAGUAUUUGAAGCAAGAAAGUUUGGAUAAAAAGCGGAAAGAUUUUGAUACAAAUGGCUGGAUGCUACUGAGUAAAAGGAGUCAGGAGAUUCCUCAGCAGAUGAAUGGCAGUGACUGUGGGAUGUUUGCCUGUAAAUAUGCUGACUGUAUUUCCAAAGACAAACCAAUUAAUUUUACUCAGCAACACAUGCCUUAUUUCCGAAAACGAAUGGUCUGGGAGAUCCUCCAUCGGAAGCUGCUGUGAUGUCCUGCUGAGCGUCAGACCCUUCAGAGACUGCGAGUCAGGCCUUGGCCAUUCUCCACCAUCUCCAUUGUGGACUGCAUGGGUUUCCCAUUGAAGCUACAAGAAUCUGUACAUUGUGUUGCAUGACUUUUGGGACAUCCCAUGCCGAGAGGACUAAAAUUUAAAAAAGUUCCCACCAUCAUGUUCUCCAGUUUUGUUCAAAUUUUAGUUGUAGCACAAGACAGGUGUUAAAUUAAGUUUCCCCAAAUUUGAGGUGUCUAACUGCAAUAGUUGCUGUUCUAGACCCUCUUAUUUGAAGGAUAGUCAGUCAGCCUGCGCAGGGCAUUUAACAAAAUACCAUUUUUGGAAUCUAAUAAAAUUGAAACUUGUUUGACUGGAGUUUGCAUCCGUAAUGUUAAAAUUAAUUUCAUUGGAAUCAGCAGAAAAAACUGUACAGGAUUUCAAUUUACUAGCCAUUCUUAUAUAUUUUAUAUAUUAUUAUAUAUAUUAGAACCCAAAAAAAGGCAUUUUGUUAAAUGUUGUGUGCUGGCUGACUGACUACCCUUCAGAUAAAUGGGGUCUAGAACAGCAACUAUUGCAGUUAGAAUCCUCAAAUUUUGGGAAACUUAUUUUAACACCUGACUCGUGCUACAGCUAAAAUUUGAACAAAAUUGGAGAACAUGAUGGUGGGAAGGUUUAGACCACUUUGCAUGGAAUGACCCUUUUCAAAGUUAAUUAUUUUAUGGAGUAUUGUGAUGUGCAGCCUUUCCAAAGCACUCUUUCUUUUCUUUUCUUUUCUUUUUUUUUGGGGGGGGGGGGUAUUUUGAACACUCCCCUUUUUUUACUGUGACUUGUAAAGCACUAAGUAGUACAUUUUUUAUCUUUGAGAAGUUCCACUUUUUUAAAAAAAAAACCCCCCUUUUCUAAAUGCUGACAUGAGCAACAACUUGAGAUCUUCCAGGAUUCAACUGUAGAUGGAGGGAUAAAUGCAUAAUAUGCCAUGUAUGUCAUUCCCUGGACAAUUGUUUUUUUAAAAAAAAUAGUAACAUCAAAACUCAGAUGCAUUGCAACGCAAUUGCUGUAGGUCUUCCACAACUAAUGUUUCAAGUAUAAAAGUAAAACAUGUAUACCUAUUUGGGGAAAUCCAGUUGGACCUCAUUUUCCAUAUGGAUGUCUAUGUAUACAUGUUUAUUUAAACACCUGAUGCAGACAACCCAGCAGUCAUAAUACUUACCCCUCUCCAUUAAUAUCUUGCUAAAUGGAAGAGUUACUAGUGUGCAAGAAGCAGCUUGUGAAUUUUACUCCAUGGUUGCAACUUUUCAGUCUUUUAGCAGGAGGUGGCGAAUAAAGUUGAACAAUAUUGGUUCACUCAUGUUCAAAGGAAAGGGUCUUUUGAACAUUAAGCAUGAAUUUCCUGCAGUGAAUCUGUCAUUAACUUUCUCUUAACUAUACAUUCAGGAGCAGGUGCUUAUCCAGUGGAGCAGGGAUGGAGAAUGUAUAUCUCUUCAGAUGUUUGGAAAACUUCCAGUAGCUAAUAAUUCAACUGCCUAUGAAGGGCUAGAUGUCCUCCAGCCCUGCACUGGAAAGAUAAGGCAUUCAACCACACAGUCCUUCUGUGUCAAGUUCUUUUGGGUUCCUCUUCUGUAAUUUCCUCUUCUCUGUGUGAAUUCUGUGUAUGGAUUCUGAUAACAGAAAUAAAAUGGAGCAAUAGGAUGCAGGGUACUUUGAGGCCCAGUUCCUUUUGUCCAAAGAACUGGGGGCACUCUAUAAAAACCAGCAGCCCCCCCUUCCUAUAUUCUUGUCCUUUUGCCAGAAUGUAAGUAAUCCUUACAUUUAAGGAGAAAAUAGAAAAUAAUUUUCUGCUGCAUACGUGAUACAAAACAGGAUUUGUAAGCAAAUAGGGCAGCUAUAUAUUUAAAUGGAAGCUCAUCUGACAGGAUGGAGCAAUUUUUGCUCAUUUAGCUCUUUGUAGAUUUUAGGUACAAUAUGGCAUUUAAAGCUUUCUUUGCAUUGUUGGUAAACUGUUUUUAUAUUACACACACACAUAUAUAUAUUUAUAAGCCUUUCUAAACGAUGCAACAGUGAACAAACAUGUUAGGUUUUGCAGCUCUUUUGUGUGUUCCACUUUGACUCUUACUGCAGAAUUGAAAGCCUGACCUCAUUUUCUUUCUCUCACAAUGCAGCCCCUCUGUUUCUACGAUUAAUAGCCAUUAAUGUUGGGAUAAAGGAUGUCCCAGAUGGCAAUUUUUCCCCAAAUUCUGUUGUUGUUUUUUUACCAGAUGUGUAUAUUGAUGCAAGAAGAAAACAGCAUAGCAUAGCCUUCUGUAAUUUGAUGCCCCCAAAGAGUUUAGACUUCAGCUCUUAUCAGCCUCAACCAAUAUGAUCAGAUCUAGUUCACUAUGGAUUGGGGAACCUUACUAUAGAGGCUAUUCAACUGAUACAUGAAACAAAUUGAAGAGAAAAUGCCAACUACAUCUUUAUAUUUACUGAAAGCUAAAAGGCUUAUGGAGUAAAAAGCUCCUUAGAGACUCAUCACUCAUUAAAAUAAUAUUUAAUUGAUAUUGUGAUGACUCUGAAGAAUUAGGUUCCCCAGUGGAAUGUCUCCUAUUGUAACAUCCACUUUUAAUUAAGAGCUAUCUCUCAAACUGGAGCAUUGAGCUGUAAACUAGGGCACGAGUGACUUCUAGGCCUUUGGGCUAAGAUGAAAUAUAGCCUAUGUCGAACUGUACAAUUCGUCCACAACCCUACAAUUUGUUUAGUGGGAGCCCGCCACAACCGCCUAUAUGGAUGGACAUUUCUCAGCAGCUACUUUGGUUAUCCCUAGGCUAUCAGUCAAGAAUAGUGGGAUGCAAUCAAAAUUUAGGCCUGAAAGACUUUGGACUGUUACCAAGUUCCCAUGAUAAACAUACUUCCCAAGGUACCUUUCUUUUAAUGCUUAAUAAUUAAAGAGUUCUUGUAUUUUUGCCAUCAAAUAGGGAACAGUUUAUAUAUAUAUUCUGUAAUUGUAAACAAUAGUUUUGUACAAAUCUCCCAUUGCAUACCCUUCCUAAAACAUGCUCUUCCUAGACAAGUUUGUACCUUUUUUGAUCUAUUGUGUUUUUAUACCAGUCUCUUUGUUCACCUUUUUCUAUGUUUUUCUGCAAGUAAUGAUUUGAAAAAAUCCUAAAAUCUGUAUUAUUUUUUGUAAUGUGUUAUUAAAUAAACUCAGCUAUUAAAAAUGUUAAAAGAUUCA